CACGAGGCCCCGGAGCCAACAUGCAAAAAGGAGCUUCAAGCCUUUUUGGGAGCUCUGAACUUUUACAACAAGUUUCUUAAAGGAGCAGCACAUACCUUGGAGCCACUGUACCGGCUGUUGGACAAGGGUCGCGAGUGGCGUUGGACGGGAGCCGAAGCAGACGCAUUUCGCCAGGCGAAAGAUCUGCUGCAAUCAUCACAUGUUCUUGUGCACUAUGAUGUCAACAGGCCCCUAGUGCUUGCCUGUGACGCUUCCCCGUAUGGACUGGGUGCUGUGUUGAGUCAUGUGGGGGAAGAUGGCAGCGAGAGACCGGUUGCAUAUGCAUCAAGGACUAUGAGCGCGGCAGAACGGAAGUAUGCCCAAACAGACCGAGAAGCGCUCGCCAUUGGCUUUGGCGUUAAGAAAUACCAUCAGUUUCUGUAUGGGAGGCAUUUCAAAAUUGUGACGGACCACAAACCCCUCUUAGGACUGUUGCACCAUGCCAAGCCCAUUCCCCAGGUGCUAUCACCACGGAUGCUGCGUUGGACCCUCAUGUUAUCAGCAUAUGACUAUGAAAUUGAGUAUCGACCAGCAGAGAAGCUUUCCAAUGCUGAUGCAUUCAGUCGUUUACCACUGAGGGCCAGUAAGGCGGAGGAAGAAGAGCAGCGUCUUUGGGAAGUAGGGAUGCUAGAAAUGGCACCAGAAGUAACAUGGAACUCUCGGAAGGUGGCAAGUUUUACGUCAAGGGACAAGUUGUUGGCUAGAGUCUGCAAUUGGGUGCAGCAUGGGUGGCCAGAGGGCAAGCUACCGGAAGAGUUUGCAGCAUUUGUGAUCCGCAAACAUGAACUGUCGGUGUACCAAGGUUGUUUGCUGUGGGGCAGUCGUGUGGUCAUUCCAGAGCCAGCUCGACCAUAUGUCAUAUACAUUCUUCACACAGCUCAUCCAGGUAUUGUCAAGAUGAAGGGGCUCGCCAGAGGAGCCGUGUGGUGGCCAGGAAUUGACAGAGAUGUUGAGCAGAAAGUGAAGGACUGUGCACAUUGUCAAGAAUCCAGGUCUGCGCCAGCAGCUGCACAAAUCCACCCUUGGGAAUUCACCAAGCGUCCUUGGACAAGACUACAUAUCGAUUUUGCUGGGCCAUUUCAAGGCAAUGUCUUCCUCAUUGUGGUGGACUCUCACUCGAAGUGGUUGGAAGUGUGCCGAAUGACUUCCAUGUCGGCAGCUGCAGUUUGUGCGAAGCUUCGUUUUCUUUUUGCUACCCAUGGCAUUCCAGAGACUGUUGUUUCGGAUAAUGGAACUGCAUUUUGUUCGGAGGAAUUCAGAGACUUCAUGUGCCGAAAUCAAAUCCGACAUGUGACCGUUGCCCCAUAUCACCCUUCUUCAAAUGGUCAAGCCGAGCGGAUGGUGCGCGAAACCAAGGAAGUACUCAAGCGCAUGGUUGGAGGCAAUAUCGACACACGUCUGGCUAGGUUUUUAAUGACCCAGCAUAUCCUGCCUCAUGCUACAACAGGCAAAAGCCCAGCCGAAUUGCUAAUGGGCAGAAAACUUUCAACUGUGUUAGAGCGUCUGCAUCCUGACCUGCAGUCCAGUGUGCAGCAGAAACAGGAGCAGGUGAUGCAGCGCCGUAACCAGGCAGUGCGACUGUUUGAAGUGGGGGAUCGAGUGUUGGUACGCAACUAUCUCUAUGGGCCCAAGUGGUUGCCGGGCAUUGUGGAUUCUGUCACUGGACCAGUGUCGUACUUGGUCGUCACCAAGGAUGGACGUCGGUGGAGACGGCAUGUUGACCAACUCAGAAGUCGUUCUGCCAGCUACGCAUUGGACACUGGAAUGUGCGAGGAGGAGGAAUCGUUGGUUGCUUUCCCGGCAGGGUGUUCCGAAAGCGGCAUUCCUUCAAGCCCAGAGGAACCUGGAAGACGGAACCCAAGAGAAAUACGAGAGGAGGCUGCAACACCUAGUGCCGAACCUGUUUCCUGUGGUGAGGACAGUGAAGUGAGCGCACCCCUUCAAGUCCAGCGACCACAGCGCCAACGCCGCCGUCCUGCAUAUCUGAAGGACUUCGUGGCGUAGGGGGGAGGAGUGUUAUAGCGGGACAAUCUUGGGGGCUAAGCAACCCUGGGUUACCCUGUGUCACGUGACGGUGGCUUCCCGUCAGUCUGUACCUGGCCUCCGGCAAUA